CGCGGGGGAGCACUUCCUGUUGAACUUUGGCUCCAGGUGUUCUCGCUAUGGCUGCAGAGGAGCUGGAUAAAGUCAGUGUCAUUGCAGAGCUGUCUAACCGAGCCCUAGAGGAGUAUGAGGGCCUGCAGAGGAAACAUGACACAGCAACCAUGGAGUGCAAGAGGCUGGAGGAGGAGAGAGACGAGGCCAUCAAGAAGCUCAAUGAGUUCCAGCAAGUUUCUCAGAUGGUCUUUGAAGAGGUCAGUGCCAUUCAGGAGAACCUGGAGAUCGAGAGGACAUGCAGAGAAAGUGCUGAAGCACUGGCCUCCAAGUUAAACCGUCAGAACCGCUCUCUGAAGAGGAAGAGCAUGAUGCUGCUGUCCCACAUCAGCCCAGAGACCAUCACAGAGAUCAACCUUGAGGAUGAAGAAGACGAGGAGGAGAGUGAGGAGCUACAGGUAGCCAGCAAUGUCUGCCUCUCCUCCCAGUGCCAGACCAUCAUCUCAGAGCUACAAAAUAAGUUAGAGGUGACACUAAAGGAGAAAAGUCAAGCAGUCACUGAUCUUGAGGCAGUAAGAGAACAACUGAGAGAAACCAGAGAAAAACUGCUGAAAGAGAAACAUGAUAACACUGUCUUAAUUGCUGAGACAGUGCAGCAAAAGAAGCUCCUAGGGAAAUAUAACAGAGUGUCUCAGUUCGCUGUGGAGGAAUUUGAGGCCUUACAGGACACCUUGAACCUGGAGAGGGACUUGAGGACAGAGGCAGAGAACUUUGCCAGAGCGAUGGUGGUUGAACAAAAGCAGCUGAAGAGACAGAGUCAGAUCCUGAUGCAGAGCUCCUCACCCAGUCAAGCUCUGCAGGAAGCCCUUAGCCGGGUCACCAGACUGACUCAGGAUCUGGAGACACAGAGGCUGGAGCAUCAGCACCAGAUAGAGCAGAUCGAAGACAGGCUGAGGAGCUGUGAGACUCAGAGGGAACUGUCUGCAUUGAAGCGUAAACUGGAGCUCAUGGAGGAGGAGAAGAGUGAUUACAGUGACAAAUGCUCCAAGGCUGAAGUGGAGGUCAAGGAUCUGCGGUUUACAGUUGAGGAGCUCCAGAAGAAGCUGCAGGCAGCUACCAAUCCUCCCCCAGCUCCAGCACCUCCGCCUCCCCCACCACCUCCACCUCCUCCGGCCCCUCCAGCUUCCAACCCGCUCAGUUCGCUGUUGUCAUUGAUCCGAAAGAGAAGAGAUGUUAAUACUGACAUCCCACUGGUGGACCAGGACUCUGCCAAGACACCAGAGGUGGACAUCAAGCAGCAGGCAGUGGAGGAAAUGAUGCAAAGGAUCAAGAAAGGCGUUCAACUACGGCCUGUCAGCCAGUCACCUAAUAGGACCAGGAGACAGCAGAUGGAGAGGCUGCCCUCUAAUUCUGCCUAUCAGCAACUUAAAGGAAUCAUGGAGAAUUUCAAUAGAUCCUCCCCCCAACCGAAGGCAGAGUCUCCAUCAAACAGCCAAGAUAAGGAGCUGCAGAGGAUCCUGCUGAGACGGCGGGACGCACUGGAGUCCCAGCACAGUCCCCAUCCCGUCCUGUCCCCUGCAGUGUGAGGACUGUCACCAGGCUGAGGUUCUACCUGAGACUGGAUGUGACCAACGGAAGAUCGCAUUAUGCAAAAAUAAUGUCCAUCUUGACAUUUUACUGUGUGUACACUAUGCAUUUAUAAUAAUCAUAUUACUGUAUAAUGAUGAAUCAGUGAUACACUCAGGACAUGGGUCCUGAGCUGAUUUCAAAAUCAGAAACAGAAAAACCAGAGCAGACAUCCAGGCUGUGAAUCAAGUCAGAGCUUGCAUAGCACAUCCACUAAAGCAGUGGUUCCCAUCUGGGGGUCGGGAGUCACUACUCAAUGAUAGAAAAGGCUCCCUUGAGGAAAAAGGUUGGGAACCAAUGUACUACAGGGCCACCCACACCAAGCUUUAUAAUAACAAUAUAUAAGAACAAUAACUCUAAAUAUAUCUUUAUAUAUAUCAUUCCACACCACAACUAUAACAACAACGACAGUGGCCAACAAUAUCUUCCAGAGCGAUUUGAUCAAUGAUAUUGUGGUAUACAACCUUAUAAACUCUCAUAACAGAGUGUGGAUUGUCCUCUCAUCUUUGAAGAACUUUGUGAACCCAGAUGUUUCUCUGUGCAACGUACAACACUAACAGCUCAUCGGUAUCGGUCCCUCCAGGAUGUUACUGGCUUUGUUGGGGAUUCCUGCAACCUAGAAUGCAUUAUGUCGCAGCAGCUUUUCAAAAACGUUGUGAUGCACAUUGCAGUGUUUUCAGUUAUUUUUUGCAAUGAAAUUGUGGGAGAAAGUGACAUUUGCAAAAAUGGUUACUAGUUAAUAAUUAAGUUAGAAUAAAAUAUUUUUUAGGGGGGGAUUGCUAUGAUUGGGGAAAUGAUGAGCGUGUUGGGGCCACUUUUUACACGUUAUUGUUCAUCAGUGUGAAUGCUCACAUCGUUAAAGUUACUGUUCUUGGUGUGAAUGGCCCUUUAGAGUGUGUCAGUCAUUUACAUAGGCCAUUUCAUAUCAGUGGCAUGAAAGACGUAUAUCCCACACCACUUUUCCAGUCUUCAUUCAGCUCUGAUAGCGAAGGUAAAGCCCAGCUUAUUGUCUGCACUGCCAGGCACAUUGGAGCAGGUUGUGCAGCCUUGAGCGUUUUUCAAAGCAAAGUAUGUCUCUGAUUUGUUCUGUCUAGACCAGUGUUAACCUUGUAGCCUCCCAGUGAGCAAUUACAGGCCACUACACCCCCCAACUUUCUUAGGCCACCAUUUUAUGUAGGGCACUGCCUCCCCUCGGCUGCAUCCAUGCUGCAGUUUGUACUACCUGUGCUGCUGGAUAACACUGUUAGACCCAAAACAGACCAUCUUCUGUCUUUCUUUUAGAGACCGUUGCUCUAAAAGAAAGCUAGAAAUAUAAAAGUUUGGUUAAAAGUUGACAUGGUAAAACUUCCUUACCUCAUAUUGUUGUUGGCUCUGUUCCCGCUGUUGUUGGGGGGUGGUUCAGACAUUUUCUGUCAGAAUUGGUUUUCCUACAAAAUCCACUUUUUGCUACUGAAACAUGAUUCAUGUUUUCAUUGUUCUGUUUAGCUAAAGAUUCUAGAAAGAUCUGGUCUCGGUUAAAUAUUAAAAACUUAAUUCGGAUUCGUAACGAACCUGAGAUGCUUCGUCAGGAACCCUGCAUUACUGCAGAAACAAUCAUCGUUGAAACAAAACCCAGGCAUUUCCCCAUCAAAAUGCAUGUGGCAAAAUUACAAUACAGAUAAAUACAAAGGUUGGACUCAGUAUGUCCAGCUUAGUCUGAGCUCUCCUCCAGCUGUAACUUCUCUGUAAAUACAAUGAAAACUCCAGAACUUUGUGUAAGAAACUGCUGUUUUUGUGUUUAAAUCUGGGUAAAUAAAACUAAAAGUCUUAAGUGACAAGACUGAAAACCACCAAGUAUUUCAGCGAGUCCAGAAAUGCAUAACACUUCACCACUGGCUCUUUUGUAACAGUGUUCAAGUGUCUUUGGUGGAUUUAGUGGAUUUUUCCUUUAAGCCUCUGUCAGAGGUGGGUGUUAGUCAGGUAUGGAGCAGAGGAUCAGCCUGUGCCCUUUGAAAACCACAAUGACUGUGCCGGUGAUUUAACCACAAUGGUGGGCCACUCGCAUGUUGUUUUGUUUUCCCUCGACACCUGCCCAAAUUUCCCAGACACUUCCUUGAGUGAGGGAUUGAAACACGAGAGCUGUGAACUGUGGGUGAUGUCCGUCACCUAUUGUGCGCUGCCUUUAAUUAAAGCUUUAGGCUUCAUUUAGCACUGAGGUGCAAUUUCCAGCUCCCAAUCCCCCUGAACAGAGAGUGGAGGAAAUGUCAUUGUGGCUCCAAGUCUCUCUUCUAACCAGAUUCAUCAGCAGCAGGCUUCAAAGACAACAGAGGACCUUGUGGAAACAGGAAAUGGUCUGUGAGGAGAUUCGAUAAACUAAUCAGUUGUGCAUUUUUCCUCCAUUUUCUCAUGACCAAAGUAGCACGAGGAUGUGUGAAUUAUCUUGGCACGACAUCUUGGAGGGUAAAGUGUCAGGCGUAAAAUGGAAAAAGAAGCGAAGGCCUUCGUAUUGAUUUCUUCUCACAUCCUCCAUAUUUGUAUCUAAUGAGGCUCUUCUAGUUUAGGCUGUCCUGUGUACAAGUCAGUCGCUGAUUCAGAGGAGGAGUUCAGUGUCCUUCUGUUGUCUUGCUCUUCCUUCCCUCAGCAGAAACAAAGUCAAUGACCAGCUCAAUUCCUUCCUCUGCCAUCUGCUCCAUCCGCCGGGCUCGCUGAUGUUGAUUGACAGACGGUACACACACCGCCGAUCGAGUCAAAACAUGUAAUUACACAAGCCAUGCUGUGUCCUUUUCUAUCCUCAGCUCGUCGUCCGCUACCAGCCCAUUCGUAGCUCUCCAUCCAUCUCCUCCAUUUUCCCUCGCCAUCGGCCGAUACAAUAUAAUGUUUUGUUGUUUUUGUAUUUUUGUCCCUUCAGGGACCAGCAAUUAGGGAGGUCCUUUUAGUGUGUCUGGGAAACACUUAAUUUGACCUAUUUUGUUAGUCAUUUCAUUUAUUUUCCCAAACACAGUAAUUGCCUGCCAGGGAGCCUCAGUGGAGACGCCGCUGUGUGUCCGGCCUCGGCUUGCACGUUUCAUUGAUUAGAGGUUGUCUUCACAUCCCGACAUUUACAGCAAGACGUAGUGUAAGCUGCCAGCAAACUGAGAAACCAAACAGAAUGAGAAUAAUGAAGAGCUAGCAGAAUAUUGGUUAUUUAAUUAAUUUGCCAUUAAAGUAUGCAUGAAAUUUAUAGAAAAUAAAGCACCUGUAUUACCUAGGAAUAUAAAAAUAGAAAUUAAUGUAAACUGGGGUAAGUUAGGUGAAACUUAAGAAAAAAUAAAUAGUUGUUUAGAUGUAAUAGAUGGUUACCAGCUGGUUUCUAUCAGCGUCUUCGUUCUAAAUUGUCAUUUCUAGCAUCGAAAAGUUCAGCAGCACUAUUGUGGUGUCAGCCAGAUUGGUCUGUUUAAUAGAAAAGAGACGUGAAUGAGGGAUAACUCACUUGACAGGCCCAUUGAUGCAGCUGUAUGUGGCUGGUACACAAAGCACUUGUGAAGCUCCUCCAUUUCCCACUGUAUACAAGCAGCCUUUUUUCUGUGCUGUGGGCCGGGCGGAUGCUCCUCCAGGCCUCUCCUCUCCUGUUUUUACACACUGACAAAAUCAUUUCCUCCAGGAACUGAGGAGCCAUGAGAGGGGUCAGCGAGGGUGCUGACCAGUUAUGAAGGGCCUUUACCUCACACGUCCCGAACACACAGGAGACAGGCUUUGUCGGACAACACUGACAUGGCUGUGUGUGUGUGUGUGUGUGUGUGUGUGUGUGUGUGUGUGUGUGUGUGUGUGUGUGUGUUUUCUGGCAUUUAUCCUCCCACGGCUUCUUGUAGCCUUUUAUUAUCCAGUUCUCUUAAAGCACAGAGCUUCCGCCGGCCAAAUGAGCACAAUGAAUCCAGAAGUAUUUGAAUUUUUCUUAAAUCAAUUUGUUAAUAUACUGUUUGAGUGUUGUCCUUUAUAGGUGUAUGAUAUGAAGCCACAGUCCAACUGUAAUGUAAGAUUUGAGAAUUUGAUUUAUUAAUUUACUAUCACAAAGGUCUUAUGUUCUACAUUAAAGUCUGUAUGACUGAG